AUGUGCGGGCGCGGAGGGCGGGAGCGCGGCGUGCAGCUCGCCGUGCUGGUGCUCAGCCUACUGACGGCGCCGUGUCAGAGGGCCGCCAUGUGCGGGCGCGGAGGGCGGGAGCGCGGCGUGCAGCUCGCCGUGCUGGUGCUCAGCCUGCUGACGGGCGAGGCGGGGCGCGGCACCACGGGCUUCAGCGUGGACGGCGUCUCCUCGGCGCGCGAGCGUCUCGACGCCGCCCGCCAGAUACUCGCCGACGCGCCGCUCAUCGACGGCCACAACGACCUGCCGUGGAACAUCCGCAAGUUCGUGCACAACCAGCUGCGGGAGUUCAACUUCGCCGCCGACCUGCGGUCAGUGACUCCGUGGUCCAAGAGCGCGUGGUCGCACACAGACCUCAAGCGGCUGCGGCGCGGCAUGGUGGGGGGACAGUUCUGGGUGGCGUACGUGCCUUGCGAGUCGCAGAAUUUGAACGCAGUUCAACUGACGCUGGAGCAGAUAGACCUGAUCAAGAGACUGAUUGAGAAGUACAGCCAGCAACUGCAGUUUGCAACAUCGUCUAAAGACAUCCUGCAGGCGCACAAGUCCAGCAGGAUAGCCAGCCUGAUCGGCGUGGAGGGCGGCCACAGCAUCGGCAACUCGCUGGCGGUGCUCCGUGUGCUGUACGACCUGGGGGUGCGCUACAUGACGCUCACCCACACCUGCAACACGCCCUGGGCAGAUUCUUCCUCGAUGGAACACAACACAAAGCACCCAGAGAAUAAUGGCCUCACUGUGUUCGGCAAGGCGGUGGUGGGAGAGAUGAACCGGCUGGGCAUGAUGGUGGACCUGUCCCACGCCUCCGUGCGCACCAUGAGGCGCGCGCUCGCCGUCAGCAAGGCGCCCGUCAUCUUCUCGCACUCGUCCGCCUUCGCGCUCUGCAACUCCUCCAGGAACGUGCCCGACGACAUCCUCAAGGACCUGGCCGUGAACGGGGGACUGGUGAUGGUCACGUUCUACAACUUCUUCGUGAAGUGCGGGCCGUCGGCCACAGUCGCCGACGUCGCGGAUCACAUCACCUACAUUCGAAACUUAAUAGGAGUGGACCACAUCGGAGUUGGAGGAGACUUCGAUGGAAUCAAUAGGACGCCGCGGGGGCUGGAGGACGUGUCCAUGUACCCGGAGUUGUUCGCGGAGCUGCUGCGCUCCGGCAACUGGACCGUGGACGACCUCAAGAAGGUGGCGGGGCUCAACGUGCUGCGCGUGUUCGCCGGCGUGGAGCAGGUGCGGGACUCGCUGCGCCGGGCCGGCGCGCUGCCCUCGGAGGAGCUGAUGCCCGAGCCGGCCGCCGACCAGCGACCCGGGUGCAGCUUCGACGUGGACGGGGCCGAGCGCGAGACGGAGCUGUGA